AUGUCAAAGACCUUCACAGCAAGCGACGUCGCGUCGCACAACCAACCCGACAACCUGUACAUCAUCGUCGACGGCGACGUCUACGACUUGACCAAGUUCCAGGAUGACCACCCCGGCGGCAAGAAGAUCCUCCAGCGCGUGGCCGGCAAGGACGCUUCCAAGCAGUUCUGGAAGUACCACAACGAGGGAAUCCUGAAAAAGUUCCAGUCCCGCCUCCAGGUCGGCUCGCUCGACACCAAGCCCAAGGCCGAAGCCAAGGCCGAAGCGAAGAGCGUUGUCGUCAAGCCUGCUGCUGCGGCGUCGGCGCCGGCGAGCCACGGCGGUAGCGACGAGCCGCUCGAGCCUUUCGGCCACCAGAUCCCCUUUGCCGACCCCUCGUGGUACCAGGGCUACUUCUCCCCCUACUUCAACGAGACGCACGCGGCGCUGCGGACCGAGGUCCGUCAGUGGGUCGAGACCGAGAUCGAGCCCUACGUCACCGAGUGGGACGAGGCCAAGCGCGUGCCCGAGGAGAUCUACAAGGAGAUGGGUCGCCGCGGCUACCUCGCCGGCCUGCUGGGCAUCAAGUAUCCGACCGAGUACGCGGCCGGGGUCCGGUCGGUGGAUCCGGCCCGCUGGGAUCUCUUCCACGAGAUGCUCGUCACCGACGAGCUGUCGCGCACCGGCUCCGGCGGCUUCGUCUGGAAUCUCAUCGGCGGCUUCGGCAUCGGCUGCCCGCCCGUCAUGAAGUUCGGCUCCAAGGCGCUCAAGGAUCGCAUCAUGCCCGGCAUCCUCAAGGGCGACAAGCGCAUCUGCCUCGCCAUCACCGAGCCCGACGCCGGCAGCGACGUGGCCAACCUCACGUGCGAGGCCAAGCUGAGCGACGACGGUAAGCACUUCAUCGUCAACGGCGAGAAGAAGUGGAUCACCAACGGCAUCUGGUCCGACUACUUCACCACGGCCGUCCGCACCGGCGGCCCCGGCAUGAACGGCGUCAGCCUGCUGCUCAUCGAGCGCGGCGAGGGCGUCAGCACGCGCCGCAUGGACUGCCAGGGCGUCUGGUCCUCGGGCACCACCUACAUCACCUUCGAGGACGUCAAGGUCCCCGUCGGCAACCUGCUCGGCAAGAAGGACAAGGGCUUCAACGUCAUCAUGACCAACUUCAACCACGAGCGCAUGGGCAUCAUCAUCCAGUGCCUGCGCUUCUCCCGCUGCUGCUACGAGGAGUCGGUCAAGUACGCCAACAAGCGGCGCACCUUUGGCAAGAAGCUCCUCGAGCACCCCGUCAUCCGCCUGAAGCUCGCCCACAUGGCCCGCCAGAUCGAGGCCUCGUACAGCUGGCUCGAGAACCUCAUCUACCAGUGCGAGCGGAUGGGCGAGACCGAGGCCAUGCUGCGCCUCGGCGGGCCCAUCGCGAGCCUCAAGGCCCAAGCGACGGUGACGUUCGAGUUCUGCGCCCGCGAGGCGAGCCAGAUCUUCGGCGGCCUGAGCUACUCGCGCGGCGGCCAGGGCGGCAAGGUCGAGAGGCUCUACCGAGACGUCAGGGCGUACGCCAUCCCCGGCGGCAGCGAGGAGAUCAUGCUGGACCUGAGCAUUCGCCAGAGCUUGAAGGUGGCCAAGGCCAUGGGCAUGAAGCUGUAG